CACGUUGAAGGUUACCUUAAAAUGGAGAUCCCCAUCAUGAUACUCAUUCCGUUAAUAAUAUCAGCUUCUAUAUGCUGCAUGCUUCUUGAUCUUCCAUUUCCAGAGUAUGCAGCAGCAGCAGACGUACCUGGAGACGAGACUGACAAACUUGCAUUGCUUGAUUUCAAGUCCCAAAUAACCGAAGACCCGCUACAGGUCUUAGCCUCUUGGAAUGAUUCGUUGCACUUCUGCAACUGGAAUGGAGUUGCAUGUGGCUUGCAAAUCCCACCAAGAGUUACUGGUUUGAACCUGACAGGGCGAAGAUUAGCUGGAACGAUCUCGCCCCACUUGGGAAAUCUUUCUUUUGUUGGCGUUCUUGAUCUUUCACAAAAUUCAUUUCGUGGUUGGAUUCCACUAGAACUUGGUAAUCUUGGAUGGCUUCAUACCUUGAACAUGAGCUAUAAUCUCCUCGGAGGGCAAAUUCCAGCUAAUCUGUCGAACUAUUUCAGACUCAGGAACCUGGCACUGGACCAUAACCAACUGGUAGGGAUUGUUCCACCUGAACUGGGAUCAUUAUCCAGGCUCAUCACAUUGUACCUUGGAAGCAACAAUCUCACAGGUAUUGUACCUUCUUCUCUUGGAAACUUGACUUUUCUGUGGGAGCUGGAUAUGUCAUAUAACUAUUUGUACGGUGAGGUACCAAGUACGAUAUCCCAGUUGAAGCACCUACGAACUUUUAGGCUGUCGGUAAAUCAUCUUUCCGGUGAAUUUCCUCCAUCACUCUACAAUUUGACUUCACUUGAGUUCAUAUCCUUAUCUUUCAACAACCUGACGGGCCAUCUGAGGAGCAACAUUGGACUUGCUCUCCCGAAUCUCCAGAGGAUAUGGUUGGCUUAUAAUUUCUUCACUGGACCUAUUCCCGAUUCGUUUUCAAAUGCUUCAAAUCUCUAUAACAUCGACCUGAUACACAAUAACUUCACUGGAAAAGUGCCUCUGAGUUUGGCGAAACUUGAUUUACAGGUCUUAAAUAUGGGCUACAAUCUUCUUGGACAUGGUGAGCCAGAUGAUUUGGAAUUUAUCACUGCCCUGACAAACUGCAGCAACUUAAAUAUGCUGCACUUUGGGGAUAACCGGUUUGGGGGAAUAUUGCCUGUUUCACUAGCAAAUUUGUCCAUUGAGUUGAGUGAGCUCUAUUUAGAAGGGAAUUUCAUCAGUGGAAGCAUCCCAAGAGAGAUCUCAAAUCUUCGAAACUUAAACACACUAUACAUGAACUUCAAUUAUCUGAAUGGUACUAUUCCAGAUUCAUUGGGUAGUCUUCCCAACUUAGCAAGAGUGGUUUUGGCCUCUAACCAGUUGACAGGCAAAAUACCAUCUAGCUUUGGAAACAUGACUAGCCUGUUAUGGCUAUUAUUGUUCGAUAACAGGUUCGAAGGAGGGAUACCGUUAUCCUUGACAAACUGUAAGCAAAUGGUUUUCUUUUCUGUAGCUCAAAACAAUCUCACAGGGAUCCUUCCUCCAGAAAUUAUUGGUAUGCCAUCCAUUCUGUCUUUUAAUGCGUCUUACAACUCCUUCACUGGUCCCCUUCCUGAGGAAGUUGGAAACAUGAGCCGUCUUGUUGAAAUUGAUCUUUCUUACAACAAAUUUUCUGGUCAGAUUCCAGACAGUAUAGGCAACUGUUUGGGCCUCAACAUAAUCUUCUUGCAAGCCAAUUCAUUUCAAGGGACAAUUCCAAAUUUAGCUCGCCUGAGUACCCUUAGUUAUUUGGACCUUUCAAGCAACAACCUUUCAGGACGUAUUCCAGAUUUCUUGGCUACUCUGCCCUCUUUGUUGUAUCUCAACCUCUCUUUCAAUAACCUGGAGGGUGAGGUACCUUCAGAAGGAGUAUUCUUGAAUGCCAGCGCAACAGAUAUUCAUGAAAAUCCCAAGCUUUGUGGUCGAAUCACAGAGUUGAAUCUCACAAGAUGCCCUGAGCAAGAACCUCCAAGAACCCAGCGAAAACAUGGACGAAAAGCUCUCAAACUAAUCUUGGCAAUUGUCCUACCUGUAUCAUUUGCAACCCUGUGUUUGUUUCUUCUUCUGAUUUGCUGGGUACAGAAGAGAAGGAAGGUGCCAAGAAUAUUGUCAUCAUCCAGAUCCUUGACCUUCUUCCCCAAGAUUUCCUAUGAAGAAUUGCUGAAUGCUACUGAUGGAUUCUCAUCAGGAAACUUGAUCGGUUCUGGCAGUUUUGGGACCGUUUACAAGGGCACGCUCAGCUCAGACGAAACAUUAGUAGCAGUAAAGGUUCUCAAUCUCAGACAGAAAGGAGCUUUCAAAAGCUUCAUAGCAGAAUGCCAAGCCUUGAGGAAUAUCCGGCACAACAAUCUUGUCAAGGUUAUAACUGCCUGUUCUAGUACUGAUUUUCAUGGCAACGAUUUUAAAGCUCUCGUAUAUCAGUUUAUGUCUAAUGGGAGCUUAGACAAAUGGUUGCAUCCAGAAGAAGAGAGACAAUGGCAUAAUCAUUUAAACAUUCUUCAAAGGAUUGACAUUGCAACCGAUGUAGCUGCUGCUUUGAAUUAUCUCCACCACCAAUGCCAAACACCGGUGAUCCACUGUGAUCUAAAACCUCAAAAUGUUCUUCUUGAUCACAACUUGACUGCCCAUGUAGGUGAUUUCGGUUUGGCUCGUCUCCUUCCUAAGUUCAACGUGAAAGAAAAUGCAAACCAGUUCAGCUCACUUGGUAUCAAGGGAACCAUUGGAUAUGCAGCUCCAGAGUAUGGCAUGGGAGUAAAGCCAUCCAUUCUCGGAGAUGUUUACAGUUUUGGGAUACUCUUGCUGGAGAUUUUCACUGGAAAAAGACCAACAGACAAUUUAUUUACCGAAAACUUGAGUCUGCACCUUUUCGUGAAAAUGGCAGUACCAGAAAGGGUCACCGAGAUUCUUGACAAAUCAGCUUUGUGUGAAGAAGUAACAGGAAAUGCUGAAACGUGGAAGGAAGGUUGGAGCUAUUUAACAAGUGAACAGCGGGAGAACUUGAUUUACAUUCUGAAAAUAGGAGUUGCAUGUUCAUCCGAAUCACCACAAGACAGGAUGACCAUGCGUCAAGUCUAUCAAGAAUUGUCAAUGAUCAGAGACACGUUUGUUGACAAUGAAAUGAAGGAAGUGCAGAAGAAGACACUGAGCAGCAGGUCCAUAGAGUUUGUUGAUGCAGUUUGAAAGUGGAAGGGAAGAGUCAAAUCUGAAGCAUUUUCUCCAUCCAUUCUUGAUCUGUAUUGUUAUUGUAGUAUAAUGAUUGUAGUUUUUAGGUAAAUAGUGCCCACUUAUAAGUGCUGUAAAAUAGAAGAAAAACUAUGUUAUGUUAAAAAUGCUCAUCUCUGUCACAUCUUAAUAAGAGCAUGUGAAAUAUUUGGUGUCACAGUAUUCUUCCUGUAAA